AUGAACAACAUCCACGACUAUCAAACCAAUUCGUCCGAGAGUCUCCCCCCGCCCCAAGCACCCGAAGCCUUUGGUGCGCAGCCAAAUUCUGGUCAGAACACUCCUGGGUUCGACCAUCCUCCUCAAAGUACUUCAGCCCAACAAUACCGCGGAAGAAUCGAAUAUCAGCACGCCCUAUAUUAUCGAUCGUCCUUGAAUUCUACACCCGAAUACUACGCCCUCCCCAACAUUUCCAACCGAAACUACCACAUGCCGCCGCCGCAACUUAGGGGCUUCGGCGGAGGGCCUGCUGUGGCAGCGCCGUAUCAUCAAGGUGGUUUUCCUACUCAUGCCCAACCGCAGGGUGGCCACUUGGGCGCAAACCAGUACCUGAAUGCCAAUGCGCCAAUGGGGCCUUUCUCAGCUGCUAGUAGCAAUGCCUUCAACACAGCAGGCCUAAAUGGCCAAGGAUUUGCCGACACAGGAUUUGGAAGUCAGAGCGCUAGGAUGGGCUUUCAUGGUGGGCCUGCUGCUGCACUACAACCACAGCAUGGACAAGUUCACCAGAGCAUGUUGAUGGAACACCCCGGCAUCAGGUCGCAUCCUAACAAGGGCAGAAUACGGGAAGUUUGGAAACAUAACCUGCAUGAAGAAAUGGCUGUGCUGCGAGAUUUGGUAGAUAAGUAUCCCUAUAUUGCUAUGGACACUGAAUUUCCGGGUGUGGUUUCAAGACCUAUGGGAGGAUUCAGGGGGAAGAGCGACUACCAUUACCAAUGCCUACGAACAAACGUCGACAUGCUCAAGGUUAUCCAAAUAGGCCUCACAUUCUUCAAUGAGGACGGCGAAACCCCGCCCCCACGACCGACGACCGACCUUAAGCUUGGCACAGCUGCUCAAAGGGCAGCAGCGAAUACUCCUUUCCCUUGUUCAUGGCAGUUCAACUUCAAAUUCUCUCUCAAGGACGACAUGUAUAAUGAGAAGUCGAUCGAAUCACUUCAGCAAGCCGGUAUCGACUUCAAUCUGCUCGAACGUGACGGAAUCGACCCUCACGAAUUUGCCUCACUCCUCAUCCCUUCAGGUCUCGUGUGUUUUGACAACGUGCGAUGGAUUUCCUUCCACGGCGGUUACGAUUUUGGCUACCUCACCAAGCUCUUGAUCUGUCUGCCCUUGCCCAAUGACGAGGUCGAUUUUGACUACAAGAUGAAGCUCUAUUUCCCUACGACAUACGACGUGAAGCAUCUUAUGAAGCAUGCUAUCAGGUUGCACAACUCCGGUCUUCUUACACCCAAUGAUCCCAGCAGCGCUGAGAUUUUGCAAAAGUUUGAGCACAAAUCCGGGCUUGAAAAUAUUGCCGAAACCCUCAAGAUUAAGCGUGUCGGUUCAGCUCACCAAGCAGGCUCAGAUUCGUUGCUCACUGGAAAGGUCUUCUUCUCUAUGCGCGACAAGAUCUUUGCUGGUGACAUCCCUGAUGAGCACGUCGGCAAGGUCUGGGGUCUUGGCUUCCCUGACUCGAACUCUAGUAUGGUGAUGCCGAUGAUGAACCAACAAGGCGGCAACGACGGCCAGACAAAUGGCAACGGACCCAGCACGCCCAACACUACGAGCGUUGGACUGGCUACUACCCCUGGACCCCAAGGCCAUAACGGUAUCAUCAAUAACGGGCCUAUGACUCCCGGAGGAGGCGGCGGUGUAUUUGGGAGCUUUGCUUUUGGCGGAAACCGAUGA